CUUUGAGUUUGACCUAUACGUAUAAGUAGAUACAACAAGGCAUUUGCAGCGGCAAAGCAGACCUAUCGCGUUUUUUGGGAACUAUCCAUGAGGGGAACGUGACGCAAUAGGGUUUUUCUCUCUCGUAGGUCUAGGUUUUUUGAUAUCGGAUACAGCUACAGGACAAAAGCAAGACAAUGGCGCUGACGACGCCACAGCGCACUCACGACUUGCGGACCCGACCGGAGACACGUUCACCGAUCCGGUUGUCUAUGAUGCCAAAUCCCGACCUGGGUCCAACACUGUUGGUCAAUGCAAGCGUCACGUCGCUCCCGGCAUCGCCCCGAUCGGCUUCACCCUCGUCACCGAGAGUUCUGGAUCACGGUACUGCAGUCGAAGGAUUCGAGAACUGCAUCGGGAAAAUUCAUCAGGUAAAGCAUCUCCUUGUAAUUCUCUCCUGCUGUUCGUGGUUAGGUUUGUUCAUCAUCAUCUCGCUGCGAGCGCAUUUUUACGAUCCGUCAAAAUCUCGGGAAUCUUGGACAGUCUCCUACUUUCAAACAUUCGAUGCUAUCUGUCAGGUUCCAGGCACGCCUGAUGGGAGUUGUCCACUCCUUGCAACCUGGAUUCCCACCGAACAGCCAGUACUUCGCCGAUUCAGAAUACCCGGCUUAAAUGUGAUAGCACACUCCCCGGUACCAGCGCCAAGACCACGACCACCGGUGCAGGUCCAGGCGGGUAAUCAACAGACUGGAACUACUCCCGCUGGUGUUGCAGUGAAACCACCCUCCUCACCAGCCAGGUCGGAGAAUCAUUCAGCAGAGUCACAAAAGGCUGCGACUCCAGGGCUCACACCAAUCACGAACUUGUCGACGCCGUUUUCUUCUCGAACUCGGCAAUUUCUACCAUCUAGUGCCAACACUGCACCAAGCACAGCAGCUGCUCCGAUGACGACAUACAAGCAAGCGAAGGAAAGGUUUCUCGCCCGCCAGAGCCAGACAUUAAGUUCGGUAUCCUCGUCGAUCCAGCACUACAACUCGCAGGAACUACCCGCCUCGCUGGAUGUGUCGCAAAUGUCUCCCCGGGACCGCGCACGGUACGAGACGCGCGUUCGUCAGUCCAAGAUGAACGUCAAACCGCUUAACCUAGCAGCAAGUUCCAGUCAAAAUAGACUGCGGCAGCCGGCUGUCCAGGCGGAAGGUGAACAGCUGCAGGGGGGUGCGAUGAAAAUGGAAGAGGGUGAGGACAAAAUCCAACUAGACGGUGGACAGGACGAGGACGAGCCUGAACUGACCGGUGGAGCUCCGGGAUAUAAUGCUGUGAUGUCAUCGAGCAAUAAGGAUGAUGCUAAAGAAGAAGAACAACUUAAAAUGAAGACCGCAGUUCUCUACUCGGGCGUCAAUACCUUUACCUCUCCUGCGCAGGAAGCAGUCCUGCAAACGCCACGGCAGAAGCACGGCCGAGCUCUCGCAACAUCGCAACAGUUCCUGACAAGUGCAAGCACUCCCCCGUCCUCCUGGUUGAUGAACAGUACGACAUCGUGGGCGCGAAGUCCCAGUCCGUGGAAGAUGCCGGAAACUUUGAUGUCACCAGCAAUCGGUGUCAGCCCUGCGUUCGUGUUGAAGAGUAGCCGUGCCUACGUGAACAGCAAAAAUACUCCGAGGCAGAUGGAGGAAGUGAACGUAAACCCGGGUGCCGGUGCUGUUCGGGAGAGUGAUCUUUAUCAUCAACCAGCUUCAUCUGCUAGACCGCAGUCGACAUCGUGGAAUCCGCCUGGCGGUUCGAAGUUGGCCGCAGCACUCGGGACAAGCUCGGACGGAGAGAACAUGGCUAGUCAUGCGGGUAUCAGCAACAAGCCCCUAGAUUUGUCAACUCCACGUCCCGCGCCACGCACGCUUUUGCAAUCUGCGUCUUCGCCAGUCACCCGAGCUGCUGUAGCAUUCGGUGGAAGUGAAGCAGCAUCUGCGAAAGGCAAAGGAAGUGCCGUGCAGGAGAACACUGCUGCAUCUACAACUUCUGACUCGAAUAAGAUUCUUGUUCCGAAGGCUGCAAACGAAGUGGACGAGGAAAAGUCGGUCGACGAAGAGAAUGCGCAAAAACUGCAGGCGUUGGCCGCGGAGGUGGCGCAGCUACAAGCUCGAUUGCGGAAGCUUGAGGCAGAACGGGCGGUAAACCAAUUGUCCGACGCUGCAAACUACAACGCGAGCAGCGGGUCCUCGCGUGCUGGUACCACCUCGCGCGCAGUGGACGAUCGCGGCUCGCACCAAGCGCUCGCGGAAACUCCCGCACACCAGCGCGAACGUCAUCGCAGUGGGAGCGCCCGACCGAGGAGAAACAGGAGUGCUGCCAGCAGCACGACAUUACUUUCGUCCACCCGGAGUUUCAGCCGAGGACGUCGCCCGACGGGACGGAAAGCUGCCUUGACCGCCGACGAGGAGAUCCAGGAAUUUAUUAACCAGUACCCAGACUUUCCGCUGCAGAUCAAGAAGGCGGCGGAAAACAACUAUGUUAUCAGCGGCCAGCAGUGCCGAGAGAAGACCGUCGUGGUGGUGCAGCGGCAGGGUGCAAACAUGGUCAAGUUUGGUUGCGGAUACGAAUACCUCACGAACUAUUUGGACGAUCUGCACGGGCGCAGGACAAACUUACUCCUUAGCACGCCCCGGUUGAUUUAGGACGAGUCACCAGCUUCUAGUGCCACUCCUGACUCAGUUUUUUUUGCCAAAGCUCGCGUAUUCUAUUUGAUUUGAUUCUCUCGUGUAUUUGUUUUGUAGGUAGGUAGUGGUCAAACUAGCCUUAUCCCGCUUCCCAUGUCCAGUAACUUGCAGACUUAAUAGUAUUCCGCUAGAUGAAUAGUAGCACUCAGCGCCUCUCUGUAGGCUUCGCUGCGUCGGGGCUGCGCUGCUUCGCUGCUUCGAGGUUUCGCUGCUUCGCGGCUUCGCUGCUUCGAGGCGUCGCUGCUUCGAGGCUUCGCUGCUUCGAGGCUUCGCUGCUUCCUUCGGCGUUUCGAGGCCUCAUCGUUUCGAGGCUGGCUUCGCCGCUUAGAAGCUUGGGCACUUUCCUUGUCUGCAUUUCGUUGUUGUUAUUUCUUGUUUCUAUUCUUUGUUUCCGUUUUUUGUUUUCAUUCUUUGUUUUCGUUUUUCGUUUCUAUUCUUUGUUUUCGUUUUUCGUUUCCAUUCUUUGUUUUCGUUUUUCGUUUCCAUUCUUUGUUUUUGUUUUUCGUUUCUAUUCUUUGUUUCUUCUAUUGCGGGAUACUAUUAAAUAAUGGGUUUUCUUACCUAUAUCUAGUCAUGGUAGAGAUUUUCAAACAAAAAUUUUCAAUCUGGUACUUUUUUGGUUGAUAUCAUGGCGCCAGUUGUUGUUUCUGCAUAUUAUCAUGCCAAUGCCUUUGUUUCCUUUACAGUCACAGUCAGUACUUGAAUGUUGAACAACGUGCAAG